GAAGCUAGAACAAAAUGACUAAAGAAAUUAAACGUGAACAACACGGCAGCACUGCUUGAUCGCCAGACGAAACUGCGUUAUAUCGCCACAGUGAGAAAUAACAAUUAAAGGGUUAUUAUGUUCUUCAAACCUACUGCUGGCAAAGAGGACCAUUUAUUUUUUUUGUUUUACGGAGUCUGAGUGACCGUGGCAGAGAUGGAUCAUCAACAGAGAGAUAAGCUUUCUGAACUGGUCGAACAGCUGACAACCUCAGGAGAACCUCAGCUAAGUCCAGCUAAGAUGAAGGUGCUGAAACAAAUCUGCAGAGCCUCGGAGGAAUACAUUGAUCAUGGGUACCAUCUGAUCAUGACACAGCUGAAACAAGAGCAUGCGGAAAUCCGCCUGGCCGCCUUCCAAAUCGCAAGCGAGCUCUUUGUCCGCUCCCACCAGUUCAGGACGCUGCUGGUCUCCAACUUCCAGGAGUUCCUGGAGCUCACCGUGGAGACUGACCCGUCCGAGCAACCCCUGCCCCCGCCCAAGGAAGUUGCUCGGAAGCUGAAGAAGAUGGCUAUCAGAUCUGUACAGGAGUGGCACGGCAAAUAUGGGGAGGCCUACAAGAAACUUGGCCUGGGUUACCAUUUCUUGAAGCAAGUCAAAAAGGUGGAUUUUCAUGAUGUGGAAGCCAGGACGCUGGCGGAGAGGAAGAGAGAAGAAGAAAAACAGAAGAGACUGGAAAGAAUUUACAAAGAAAAGGUCACAAAAGUUGAGAUGGAAAUGGAAGAAACCUCUGCAGAGAUCCAGGGCUGUCUGACUGAAAUUGAGAACUGCUUCAAGCUCCUGAUGCCAGACCCCUUGGAUUUUGCCCUCACCGACUUUGAGCCCUCGUCCACAGAAACGGAUAUCGGCAGGAAGCCAGCAGCUGCCCCCGCCUCGCAGAGCGACCCCCGCAGCUCCAGGCAGGAAUACCAGGUCACUGACCGUGAGCAGCCAUGCUGCAGCAAGGACCUCCGGACCCUCUCCACAGAGCAGACAGCCAAGGAGGAGGAGGAAGAAGAAGAAGAAGAAGAAGAAGAAGAAGAAGAAGAAGAAGAAGAAGAAGAGAGCGACGAACAAGACUCUGAUAUGGAGUCCAUUCCAGAGGAAGAAUCAUUCAUUCGAAACACCGGCCUGAUUUCACAUAAAUACAACAUCACCCUUGACAUUUCCACAGAUCUAAAGAUACAGGAGAAUGAAGACAACAGUGCUGUGGUCAGCAACAUAAGGGACUUGCACAGGCUCAUCACAACCAAGCACCUGCCUGCUGUGCAGACGUGGCUUCAGGUAUUUACCAAAGCUGGUGUAAACGAUGAGCGACUGAAACGUGCAAUAGAGUGCAAGACAGCCCUGGAGGCUGUGGUUAAAAAACAUGAAGACAUGCACAUUAACUACAAGAGAAGAGACAGGACAGCGAUGAAGGCAGCUGCUGAUGAUAAUGAUGAAGAGGAUGACGAUUUUGAGGAGGUCCCGGAGAAGGAAGGUUACGAGCCCUGCAUUCCAGACCACCUUCGUGGGGAGUAUGGCCUGGAUCCUGACCCGGCCCCUAAGCCAGAAAUGUUAAAAAGAGAGAGGCCGGUGAGGCCAGCUGUCCCUCACCACCCUCCCAGACCAAAGAGGAGUGUGAAUGAUGAGGAUCUGGAUCCGACCUGCGCUGCAGCCACGCUCAGACUCCUGAAACGCAGGCUGCAGUCUGCCCAGUCCACCAGCGUGCCUGAAAGCUCAGAGUCAGCAGCCUGCGCCGCACGUGAGCCCGGCAGCAGCGUGGGAGGCAAGCUGCAGGAGGAGCAGGAAGCCCAGGCUCCCAUUAUGCCAUUCGGACUCGACCUGUACUACUGGGGACAGGACCAGCCCGCUGCUGGCAAAAUAAUCAAGUCGAGCUCCCUGCAUCAGUUCUGGGUCCCUCACGAGGUGGAGGAGGAGGUGGAGAAUCCAGAGCUGUCUGCCCUGGUGAAGUCUCGGUACAUCACCUUCGCAGGGAAGUUUGAACCCGUCAAACACAAGUGCAGAGCACCAUUGCCAAACGGGGCUCUUUGUGAACGUCAGGACCGAGUCAAGUGUCCGUUCCACGGACUGAUUAUCCCUCGGGAUGAGCUGGGAAACCCGACUAACCCUGAGGAUGCAGCCAGGCUGGAGAGGGAGAAGAGGAACAAGCAGCAAGAGCAGCCAGACUGGCGGGACCCGGAGCUGAUGAGGGAGAUUGAAGCCGCCACUGGGGUGGAUCUGGGCUCCUCCAAGAGCUUCGGGAAAGGGAAGGGGCCAAAGGGCAAAGGCAAGAAGAAGAAGUACCCUAACCUCACUGACCUCAAGCAGAACUCUAACACAGCCCGGUCGAGGCUAGAGAAGAAAGUAUUCAGCAAAGGUUCAGUGAAACGUGUGACAGAAGCAAUGAAUCGAAUCGACAAAAAGAAGCAUGACAAGUUUGCAAACCAGUUUAACUAUGCCUUGAAUUAACAUGCAGACGAGAUGCCCCUCUUUCAAGCUGAACUGAAGCAGUUCCUUUAAUGGGUUAAACUGAAAAAUACCCAGGCAGCUGCACUCUACUGUACUCUACUGUUUCUUGUCUUGUAUCAUUGCUAUUUAUUAUAAUGUACAGUUAAUUGUCUUUUUUGAUCAUAGCAAUUGUGUAUUUUAGUGUUGCAAGCUUGUAACUUUUAAUAUUUUAAUGAAUUGAAUAAUUUAGUUUCCAUUGUAAAAUAUCUGAAGGCGGUGUUAUGAAGUCAGGUUUUGUAUUCUCUUUGUAUUACUUUUACACAAUGGGAAUCUAUUAAUUGCAGUGCCACUGGUCUUUUACACAAAUGUGCAUAGCCAAACAAUAAAUGUUUCUGUUCUGAAGGUACUGUAAUUACAAAUAGAGACUAGUGUUGUUUUUUUUUUUGUUUUUUUUUUAAAGGUUAGGUUGUUAGAUGUAUUGAUGUGCUCAAAUAUUUUUUUUAAAUU